ACACUAUUGAUUGUUUCGAUUUUUGUAUUCUGUUAUCUUCAGGUGCUCCUCCGUUCUUGAGGCCUCCUGGUAUUCCUGGAGGCAUGAGGGGUCCAAUGCCGCGUCUUCUGCCUCCUGGACCUCCACCAGGUCGGCCCCCGGGCCCUCCACCGGGACCCCCUCCUGGUCUUCCACCAGGCCCCCCACCACGCGGACCCCCUCCCAGACUACCACCCCCGGCACCACCAGGUAUCCCACCUCCUCCCCCGAGAGCAGGAGGGCCCCCGCGCCCGAUGGCUCCGCCGCUCUCCCUCUUCCCUCCUCCUCUCAACUCCAACGUGCUCAGCGCUCCUCCCAACAUUGUGCAGCGACAAAAAGGCGCCGGACCCAACCAGGACGGUUCGCAGAGCAGCAUGCCGCCUCCCGCCAUGCCCAUGCGACCAGGCGUCAUGCAGAUGCCUCCUCCACCGGGAACAGCCGCCGCACCCUCAGGCGCGAACCCUGGCAGCAACCCCCCUGGCCACCACCACGCGGCCACCAUCGAAAAGCGCGCCAACAUCACCUCUGUCGCGGCGGCCGGAGGCGGCUUGGCAGCGGGCGCCGGCUCCGGCGGAGCCACCAUCUCCGCCAAACCUCAGAUCAUCAAUCCGAAGGCGGAGGUCACCCGCUUCGUGCCCACGGCGCUGAGGGUGCGCAGGGACAAGAGCGGCGCGAUGCCCGGGGCGGCGCCUGGGCCUCUGGAGAAAGUAGGAGGAGGAAGGAGGGGAGAUGAGGUCAUGGGAGGCGUGCAGGGACCGAAACAGCCGGCGGCAGCUGCUCCGAUGGUCAACCCGACGCAGAUGGGCGCUGUGUCUCAGCCCAACAUGAAGACUAAGGACCAGGUGUAUGAAGCCUUCAUGAGAGAGAUGGAGGGACUCCUCUGAGGCUGCGGAGGGUUUUCGGGGCGAGGCGCUCUGAACAACAGGAGUACGUUUGUUUUCUGUGUUUCUGUGCAGUUUUAGAGGCAGAUAGAUCAGUUUCUCGUCUGUAAACCACCGGAAAGAUUUGACGCUGAGCACCGGCUCGUCUUCAUUUCACCUGGACUUUAUUUGUUGUAUUAAAACGAAUGUGAUGCACCUAAGAAAUCUGAUUAUGCGUGCAUUAGGUGGUAUGUAAUGUUUCAUACCUUCCUGAAAUGUCAGUGGAGUAUACGAAGGUAUAAAAGUGUGUCCCUUCCCGACAGCAAGUGUGCUACUUUCUACUUUCCAUAUUAAACAGAAAAAAACAACUUUA